AAACUACGAGACCUAAUGUCAGGUGAGGGCACUUCCCGCAAACCGCCGCCGCCGCCACCGCCGCCGCCGCCACCGCCACCUCCGAAUACAGCGGAACUGGACGCGCCGCUCCACAACAUCGGCUUCCAGAUCGACGUUCUCUCGGCGUUGGAGGUCAAUGGCUACCUACGCGUCACCGACACUUGCUGCCAGCCGUUCAAGAGGCUACACGGCGGCGUAUCGGCUUUGAUCGCGGAGGCACUGGCGAGCAUGGGGGCACAAGUGGCCUCCGGAUUCCGGCGGGUGGCCGGCGUCCAUCUCAGCAUCAACCAUCACCGGAGCGCCGUCGUCGGUGAUCUCGUGUUUGCACGUGGGACUCCCAUCGAGGCUAGCAAGGCCCUCCAG